ACUUUCAGCACCACAACUCGGCCACUUCCACCACCUCCAACCACUAGGCCACUUCCUCCUCCAACUGUUCGGACUUUCCCUCCUACUACACAAACGACAACUACGACAACUCGUGCACCGCCGCCAAGCACUCCGAACGCAGGUCGAUGUCAAGCAAUAAUAAAUGAUCCACUAGUAGCGGCGGAAGAGAUGUGGAGAGAACAUUUGGUCGUUGCUACAGAAGAUAACUCCAACCGGAAAACGGUGGACUUGGACGCUGUAAUUCGAUCAAACCUCGCUAAUGUUUGUGUUCCGCGAUUGGACGAAACGAACUGCGAACGGAAUCUUUGUUAUAAUGCAUACUUCAGGACCAUGGACGGAACAUGUAACAAUCUCCAUCAUCCAUUGAGAGGAGCGGCUUAUCGUCCCUAUACUCGCCUUCUACCAACUGUCUACGAUAACGCGCUAUCGGAACCAGUCGGAUCAUUGAUUCCCAAUCUGCGUCCCUCUCCACGAGCAAUCACCAGGCAUCUAACGUCAUCCCACGCCUCGGUUGUCUCGGAGGACUACAACGCAAUGGUCAUGCAGUUUGGACAGUUCAUUUCGCAUGACAUGGCUAAGACUACGCUUGUACCAUCCGCCAAGUGCAAUGUAUGUCAGAACAUCACAAGCCGUUGUAUGGCGGUUCCUAUUGAACCAGAUGACCCGAACGCUGGAUUCCGGCGCAACGGUUGUGUCCGAGUCUCACGAUCAUCACCGAUUUGCGGAUCUGGUAAUCAAAAACCCCGGCAGCAGCUCAAUGAAAACACAGCGUACAUCGAUGCAUCGCCUAUAUAUGGCUCGUCCGUAGCCGAUAUGUCAAAGUUUCGUCAAGGAAACACAGGUUUCCUGAAGCUGCCUUCAUUCAAUGGAAUGUCAAUGCUGCCUUUUGAUCAAUCCAAAUGUAGAAGUCGUUCUUCGUGUACAGUAAUUUUCACUGCCGGUGAUAGUCGAGUGAAUCUGUUUGUUGGAUUGUCAGCAUGGCAUACGAUGUUCACAAGGGAACAUAAUCGCAUUGCAAGUACUCUUCAACGAUUAAAUCCUCACUGGAAUGGCGAUCGACUCUAUCAAGAAGCAAGAAAGAUAGUCGGAGCUGAAGUACAGGCUAUUGUUUACAGAGAAUGGUUACCAAAAAUCUUGGGUGCAGCGUUCUCUUCAGUGGUUGGUGACUAUCGGGGUUAUGACCCCACCGUCGACGCCACCAUUGCCAACGAAUUCACGUCGGCUGCCUUCCGUUUCGGUCAUGGAAUGAUUCAGGAGUUUUACCAACGGCUCGAUCCCAACUUUGGUAAUUCGUCUUUUGGAGCACUCGCACUCCAAAAGGGUACACUACAUUCAGAUGUACUUGUAAAUGAGGGAGGACCAGAUCCAUUAGUCCGAGGAAUGUUCUCACAGAAUGUCAAGCGACCGCAACGAGUCACUACAACUGUUACAGAAAACAUGUUUGGCUCAACAGAUCUCAGUACGAUAAACAUUCAGCGAGGACGAGAUCAUGGUCAUCCAAGUUAUACGAAAUACCGUGAACUGUGUGGCAUGGGAAUCGCCACCAGCUUCGACCACCUGUCUCGGGAGAUCCUCAACACAGCUACUCGUGAUAAGCUGCAGAAAAUCUAUGGCAGCGUUGACAGAAUCGAUCUCUGGGUUGGAGCAUUAUUGGAAGAUCCAGUGAUUAGAGGUCUCGUUGGACCAACCAUAGCUUGUAUUGUAGGACCUCAGUUCAAGCGGACGAGAGAUGGAGACAGAUUCUACUAUGAAAACCCUGGAGUGUUCAGUAGACCGCAGCUGUCCGAAAUCCGGAAAAGUUCGCUUAGUAGGAUUAUUUGCGAUAAUACGAACACUAUCACGAUGGUUCCACGAGAGGCUUUCCGUAUCGGUCAUCUCACUGCCUGCAGCCAGAUACCCCAAAUGGAUCUCAACAAAUGGAAAGAAUAG